AUUUCGCACCAAAACAAAGCUGAUAUUCUAACCUUCCUUGCAAUCUUUAUUUAUAAUAAAAUGUUUCUAUCCAGAAUAUUUAGCUCAAAUUCAUUGAAAGCUGUUGGUGAUCUGGGACCAAUAAUUAAAAAAUGUCUGUGCACUCAACAACAAAUACAAAUACCAAGGGUACAUUGUAUACCCGCACUAAAUUCUUGGAUUUACCAACAAAAUGAUAAAAUAAUAUCUCCUAGAAAUAUUAUUAAAAAAAUAGAAUUGCCCAAUGGUCUUACAUGGGUACCACCACUGAUUGACCGCAUUAAAAUACCAAGAGAGAUUAUAGCCCCUUCAACAGAAACAGCUGAUACCCCUAAAGAAGCUGUUAGAAUGAUUGUUAUAAGAAGGAAAAAAAUGAAAAGGCAUAAAUUGAGAAAGUUGAAAAAGAAGAUGAAAUUUGAGUGGGCAAAACUCAAACAAAAACGAGAACUAAGAAAAGAGAAAGCAUUUCAAGCAGUCCUCAUUCAGCAAUGCAAAGAGGCCGAAUCCUUCUCUGCUAAUGACUAUGUGAAACAGAAAUUAUAUAAGUUACAUGAAGUUGUAAUUCCAAGAUACUGGAAGGGCAAACGGUAUCCAGAAUUUUUGAUUAGACAAAAGAUGGGUUUGCCACCCAAGUGAAAUUUAUUAGUUAACUUUUUGAAAUAUAUUUUGUUUUUAAUUUGAAGAAUUUGUUUGAGUGUUUUAG